AAAUCACACGGAUACUGGAGAGAGUACUUCCGGGGAAGUGAUACUUGGGAUCAUGGGAAAUUGAGUUCUUUGUGAGGAAAAACAUGCUUUUAUGGGACUCGUUCACUAGCGGUCAACUUUUAGCGUCAGGGACUGCGAAUGUGAGUCUGGCUUCUGCUCGAUGGUUCUCCAGACCCGGGAGGGCUCGAGGUUCGCCCGGUUUGGUCUCCAGAGUUUGGGGAUGAGUUCUCCGUAUUUCCUGGGAAGGAGGGCCGUCUCAUCCCGGGGGAUUGGUCAGUCUAUGGAAGAAGACUCAUCCGCUUCCUUUACAUCCUUUAAAUCCAAACGGACCCGCCGUCAAGGAGGCGCGGCUGCCCACGCGGAGGUGAAGGAGGAGGAGGUGCGGCUGUCAGAGCCCGGACCCUCGCCGGACUCCGUUAAUCCAGCCGGGAGAGAGGAUCCUGUGAAGACAGAUGUUUCAGCAUUGGCCCCACACCGACGCCGGAGGAGACGGCUGAAAGUGGAAUAUGACAACGAUGGAAGUAGAGCGAUAAAGACUGAGCGCUGGGAGCCCCCACACUGGAAGGACCAGUUGGCGUGCAUUCGUGAGAUGAGGAGCCGCCGUGACGCGCCCGUGGAUCAGAUGGGGGCAGAGAAAUGCUUCGACACAGACGCCCCUGCUCAUGUGAGGCGUUUCCAGGUGCUGGUGUCGCUCAUGCUGUCCAGUCAGACCCGGGACCAGGUGACGGCGGCGGCCAUGCAGAAGCUGCGAGCGCACGGCUGCACUGCAGGAAACAUACUCGCCACCGAUGACCACACACUGGGCACACUCAUCUACCCCGUCGGCUUCUGGAGGAAUAAAGUGAAGUACCUGAAGAGGACAGCAGCCAUCUUGCAGGAGCAGUUUGGCGGUGACAUCCCCAGCGAUGUGGAGGGGCUGGUCCGCCUCCCGGGGGUGGGACCUAAGAUGGCUCAUCUGGCAAUGGACAUUGCUUGGAAUCAGGUUUCUGGCAUUGGUGUGGACACUCACGUUCAUCGGAUCUCCAACAGGCUAGGCUGGGUCAGCAAACCAACCAAAACCCCAGAGGACACGCGCCGGACCCUGGAGCAGUGGUUGCCCCGGGACCUGUGGAGUGAGAUCAACUGGCUGCUGGUGGGUUUCGGGCAGCAGAUGUGUCUCCCCGUGGGCCCCCUCUGCUCCAUGUGUCUGAACCAGCACACCUGUCCCUCCGCCCACAAAAACUCACCUGCCAAGAAAUCACACAGACCGACCCCCCCAUCCCAGAUAAAAACAGAACCUGAAGCUGCUGAACACAAGGGGGCAGAAAAGGAUACACCUGUCCCUCUACCUCAGCGGAUAAAGGUGGAAGAUGAGACCUGAGCAGAAGAACUCUAAGAUGAUGAUUCCACUUUUAUUCUGCUCCUCUUUGUGUGUUUCUGGAAGCCACGUUCUGGUGGACCUAAACGUCAAUGUUUGAACUAACUCUUUGUGUCUUUUAUUGUUUUUAUACCAAAUAAAACACAGCUGAACUUUU